AUGCGACAGCCACAGAUUGAGCUAUAUGUUGAGUUUGAAAGCAUAGAGACGGAAGGGAUUCAAAAUGUUUUAGAUAUAGAGGAUGAUAGAGCUGCAAUGUACGAGGGAAUGAAUAGUGAUAGCGAAGAGGACUUCGAAGCCACUUACGAAGCCGGCGAUGAAGACGAGGAUGGUGAUGUGGGAGUUGAGACAGCAACGGAGAAUAUAGUGCUUCAUCCCUCGAGCAGUCAACCGAUGGAUGUGCCACCAUUCAUGCGUGAGUUGGAUCUUGACGCCAUGCAUGCACCGGAAUUUCCGGAAUAUGCAAACAUAGGCGUUGCUGAUCCUGAGGACGGAGAGUUCCGGAUUGGAAUGGAAUACAGUUCCAGGAAGUCGGUGGUUGCUGCAAUUAGAAGAUACACUAUCGUUAGAGGAGUUGACUACGAUGUGUAUGAGUCUGAGCCACAGACCUUCUAUGCAAAAUGCAAGAUGUAUGGGCGUGGGUGCGAUUGGCUUAUCCGAGCCAGCUUGAUACGGAAAAAAGAUUGUUGGGAGAUACGCAGAUACAAUGGAAGGCACACGUGCACAAUGGGAGCGAUUUCACAGGAUCAUUCCAAGUUGGACUCGGAUACCGUUGCUAAUAGUAUAAUGCCGUUAGUCGAGACUGACCCGUCAAUCAAGGUGAAAUCUAUAAUAGCGGAAGUCCAGUCAAGGUUCAACUAUACCAUCAGUUACCGAAAGGCUUGGUUGGCAAAGCAGAAGUCCAUAGCGAAGGUUUUUGGUGGUUGGGAUGAUUUGUACCAAGCCUUGCCAUGGUGGCUCUCGGUCAUGGUUCAGAAGAUACCUGGGGCAUUUAGGCAUUGCAAGCCUCUAGUUCAGGUGGACGGCACACACUUAUAUGGAAAACAUAAAGGAACACUCCUGGUCACUGUUGCACAAGAUGGGAACCAGAACAUUGUGCCUAUAGCUUUUGCGCUGAUUCGGCAUGAGGCAAUUCGGGCAGCAGUAAAUCGUUCCGGAGGUGACUGGCAACCUCCAAGAGCAUGGUGGAUGUUUUGUAUAAGGCACAUCGGCAGCAACUUCCUAAGAGCAUUCAAAGUCCCUCACUUGCAGAAGCUUGUUGUCAACAUUGGGUAUUCAAGAACGGUGGAGGAGUACAACAUCAACUAUAAGAGGCUGGAAGAGCGAGGCGAGGCAUAUGCCAGGUGGUGCGAUGCCAUUGGACUCAGACAUUGGGUGUUGGCAUUCGACGAGGGGCAUCGAUGGGGCCAUAUGACGACCAACCUUGUCGAGUGCAUUAACUCAGUGUUGAAGGGUGCCCAUAAUCUACCUGUGCUGGCGUUGGUCCGAGCAACAUAUUAUCGGUUAAAUGAACUUUUUACACGGAAGAGUGCCGAGGCUCACGAACGUAGGCGGGCUGGGUUUACUUACUCCGUAUUUGCACAACAGUGGAUAGAGGCAAAUAUGAAACAGGCUGGGAAUAUAGUAGUGCACCGGUUUGAUAGACGAAAUGAGGUGUUUGAGGUGCGUGACAUGGCUAGCGGGAAGGACUACCUUGUCGCCAUGUUAUUGCUUGUUGUGCUAACCAGCGUCUCGAUUGGCAGUUGUAUGUGCAUGACGUGUACAAGAUGA